GUCGCUCAUUGAGGACAUUUUCCGCCAAGUACUUCUUAUAAUCAGCGCCCGCCAUUGAGAUCAACAGGAAUUCAACUUUGUCAGUCGUUCAACAAUAAUUCUGUUUGCGAUCGAGCUCCAAGAAACAUGGUGAUCGGCGACGCGUCGGGGGCCUCCGCCGAACCACUUUACGCGUAUCAGUCAGCUGCAGGUUCGGUCUUGGCAUCUCAAUCCGUCUCUUCCUGCUGCUCAAAAAGUUGCCUCACUCACGGACGAAGAAGACGCAGGCUGGAGCACCGAUCGCUGCCUCGGCCCAUCAUUUUGAGGGUUAAUAGUGCUCCGAUCCGGCACGUCUUGAAACGCAAACACCCAUGGAGCCGGCGUUCGAUCUCCCCGAUUCCACGGACUGGCUCGACACGCCAUUGAAGCUGCUCGCGCCGCUCGAGUCCUCGCUGCGAUGUCAAGUCUGCAAAGACUUUUUCGAUAACCCCGUUAUUACAUCCUGCAGUCAUACAUUCUGCUCGCUGUGUAUCCGGAGGUGUCUAAGUUCAGAGGGAAAAUGUCCGACGUGUCGGAGUUCGGACCAGGAAUUAAAGUUGCGGCGGAACUGGGCUGUUCAGGAGCUUGUUGAAGCUUUUACAAAUGCGAGACCGAGUGUGCUGGACCUGGCCAAGAGGGCCACGAAGAGUGGGGGUAUUGCUGCUGGGAUUGAGGGGGCAGAUACUGAGGAGCCUGUUACUAAGAAGCGCAAACUCGAGGACGAGGUCAAUGGAACAGAGACGAAGUCCGAUGAAGGUGUGCGCACUCGGUCACAAAGUCGGGGGAUGUCGCGGUCGGCGCAGCCUGCUGCCAUAGAGAUCAUUGACGACAUUGAAGAUGAGGAGUAUAUUCCAGAUGACGGGCUGGUCCCGUGCCCUAUCUGUCAACGGAGAAUGAAGAACGAGGCCGUGUUCCGACAUCUUGACUCAUGCACAGGCAAGCAGGGCGGUUCAACUGAACCAAAACCGGCAGCUUUCGGCUCUUUAUCGACCGUUCCACGCAGACCAUUCCAAGAUGCUACCCAAAAACCGCCUGAAAGACUCCCAGCCAUCAAUUACUCGCUAUUAAAGGAGACAGUGCUGCGCAAGAAACUGAAAGAUCUCGGUAUACCGCACUCGGGCCCACGAGCCCUGAUGCAAAGGCGGCAUACCGAGUGGAUGAAUCUAUGGAAUGCAAAUUGUGACUCCAAAGCGCCGAAGCCGAAAAGCCAAUUGUUGCGUGAACUUGACGUCUGGGAGCGCACGCAAGGUGGAAGCUCGUCGACCCCAACUGACACAACAAGCACUGUCAUGCGCAAGGACUUUGAUUCAGCUGGAUGGUCGGCGAGCUAUGAUACCGACUUUAAGCAACUAAUUGCAAAUGCGCGAAAGAAGAGCGAUGCUGUCGUCCGCUCGACAAUACCUAGUGCAUCACCAGUUGCCUCGAAUGAGCCGCAAAGCUCCCCAGUCGUAGAAGCGUCGGGGAAGGUGCCAAUGCCCGAAGCCCCAGCCAGUCCAGCAGCCCCGGUUUUGAAUGCGAACCCACCUAAUGGUGUCGUCCUUGCAUCGACCCCUAUGGAGAGUGCGCCCCUCGAAUGGAUUCCUGGAGUACAACAGAACCCAGAGGACCCUGAUCUCUAACAACAACUGGUGACUAGCUGUCGUUAUCGAAGAAUAUCUUUGAAGCCGUUCGGUGACGAUAGAUGUUCCAGAAGAUAUAUCCCGCGUGAAGUUCUGUUCAUAGUGAGCGUAAGCUCAAGCAUUUUCCUCUACUGACAUCCGCGAAAGUUUCUCGAUACUUUCUUCCAAAGCGGAGCCGACGUUCUGGUCAAGCGGUGCUUUUCGUAUAGCUCCUUUGGUCUCCAAACCGAGGUUGUCGAGUUCGGCGAGCUGCUUGCGGGUCUUCUCUGCCUCCUCCUCUUCCUUCGCUGCACGUUCCAACGACUCCAACUCCUGAAGCUCAUCAUCGAUUUCAGUGUCAUCGAUCUGAGGACCAGCUUCUCCCAUGAUGUUACCGAUCUCAUCCACUUUGGACAUCUCCUCGUGCAGCUCCUCAACCACAUCCUCGACCUUGGACACAUCUCCGACCUGGGCAUUGAGACCUCGAAGGACGCCGGUACUCGCUUGCAUGACCUUGACAUACUCAACCUGGUCUUGCGCUUGUUCGAUCUUGAGAUAAACCUGUUCCAGCUGUGCCAGAGUAUCAAGUCGCUGCUGCAGAUUAUGCUCCGCGAGCUUCUUAGACCGCACUGCAGCGAGAGCUGAAACACGAUUCUUAUUGUUUAAGGCGGCCUUCGCUGUUGUGUUAAGCUCGGCAAUCUUUUUCUCCAGACCCUCAACCUGUUUCGACAUUGUCGUUGUCAGAGACCGAAUGGAGGCAAUCGUCGUGUCUUGCUGGGUAAUCUCCUUUGGGGAGUCAUUUGUGGGACGGAAUCUGAUCGUCUAUGACCUAAUCAGCUCAUAUCCAUAUCCGAAGAAUAAGUUGUUACUUACCUUGCCAUCAUACGCAAUGGCUCCCUUAUCACGGGAUAGAUAUAGCAAUAGAACAUCAAAAUCAGCAUUAGACAGCUCACUUUCCUCAUCUAGAAUCGUCGCGAAGCUCUCCACAAAGCCCUCUUUCGUAUAAAUCAAGUCCGUCCUCGACGGAUUCGAACCCAUAACUCGCCUCACCACCUUAUCCGCAGCCUCCUAAACAAGUAUCAGCAACCCUCAAGAACGUUACUCACCCAGCGCAUGUCAGCACAUACCUGAAGAUUCUCCACCAACACCAAUUCCUGCGCCUGUAGCUUCCCGCCGUCUGACACAGCUCCAACCACAAUGCCGCGUAUUUGCUUCAGGCCCCAGACCAUGACAUUCCAGGGACUCAGCGCCGUUGUAUCUAUAAGACCCCAUUGUGGCUUCCGCAAACUUGUCCCGCUAGCCUUGAACAACUGAAGAGGAACCAUGACGCGAUUCCAGACAGCAUCCUCC